AUGCGGAUCCCGACCCUGCAGGACCUUGACCCAGACAAGAAAACGGAGCAGGAGUUACAGAAUGGAGUCAUCACCGCGCACUGGGCAACGCUGGCAGAUACUCCCUCCUUGCCUCGCGGGUAUCUUUACCCUCUGGAAUUGCUCCGCAUUCACCGACUGCUACGACCACUUAAGGCCAAGAUUGCUGCCAUCCACCUCGCCAUUAAGACCGCGCCUUCCUUUGGAUACAUCUCCGCGAUCAAUGCGAUAAAUACAGCGGCAUCGCCAACCACAGAAGCUAGUAGCGAUAAUGAGAGUGACUCUGAUAGACCAGCGCGGAACAUUAAGCACAAGUAUGGUCAAUCAAGGUCCCUGAGGGCACGGCGAAACCCAAACUGCCAACCCCAAACGCAUUUUGACCGCAGGCCGACGUCCACGUUAUCGCCAUGGCAGCCAUUGGAUACGAGCGAUGGCACUACCAGAAUCAGCUCGAUUAUGCAGCAGAAUGGGAGUGAUAUCCUCGUCAAGCGCUUCCGCUUGUCACUCAAGGACCUAUUUAAGGACGUGGUCGAGAAAGUUUGGUGGCAUCCACUUUGUGAGAACCACGAUCUGCCGUUGAGCACAGAUCCAGAGUCGGUCGCAGCCGAUGUCAUUAACAUGAGCGUGGCAUCUCUGAGAAAUUCGUGUGCGUUCACGGUGGGACGAACCAUUGCUCGUCUUCCCGAAAAUCUCGCAGACAUUAUGGAGAAAUACUAUGGCAUCAUGCCCCCUUACAUGCGCCGGUUCGCGUUACUUGAGCACAUCGUUGAACUGUGUGUCGCUCAAGUGCCUGUCGGGCGUCUGAUCGAGCCUCUUGUCGGUGUUUGUGCCAAAUACAAGGCGAAUGCGCAAGCCUUGCGACUCCUUGAACAUCUGAGCGGUGGUGCGGAUAGGAUGUACCGACUGGAUCUUCAAUGGGCAUACAACGUCGCAUUACGCAUCAGGAGUUCGGACGCAUGGAUCGCCGCUCUAUCUCGGGACGGCGAAGUAGCUAUUUUUUUGGAUAAGUCGUUCUAUACCUUUAUACGGCAGAUCCAACCGCAGCAUCGAGCGAUUCUUAUCCAAGGAGGGUUUGAAAGAAUUAUGGGACAUUCAUUGCAGUCUAUGAACAUGAGGUCGAAGCGGAGUCGCGCGUCAUACUGGACCUCAGUGCUGAUCGAGGACUCGUUACGAUUGCACGAGCAAAGUACAGAAACAUCGAUAGAUUUUCAAAGGAUACCGACGAUCACCUGUGAUAGUGUCAUUGAAUACGUGGCUCGAUGUCUGCUCAAGGAUAUCAACGACCCUGCGAGUGAUGGAGCUGACGAUACGGACAAUAUGGUACUCAAGGACACUGCCCUUGCGCUGGCCCUGCAUGCGCUAUAUGUCUCUGUCACGGAGUCGUCGAAUAUAACAAAUGAUGAAAAAGCUCAGGAAUGGAUACAAUUACUGGAGACUCGACUGUCCAGCCACGUUCGGGUGGAGGAUUUUGAUGUGGUUAUCAACUCAUACGGCAUAUUGACGAACCUGAAUGCCUUGGCGUUGAUGUUGGAUGCAGUAGGGUUAUAUGGACUAUCGAUGAAGCUAAUUACCAGGAUGCUGGACUACUACGUUACUCUGGAGAAGAAAACGCGGCGGGAGCUUGGUUACAAAUGCGAUAUCACUGAGUCGAGUCUGGAGCGUUAUCUGCGCGAGGUAAAAGGUCGGCGAAUCCAGCGCGCAUCGAACGAUAGCUGGCGAUAUGAUACAAUGUUAGGAGACUGGGUACAGCGCACUCCAAAGGCGAACAAAAUUGCAUCCAUGGUGCUGAGUGACGGUUCUGAAGAGAGCGCCGAUGACGGCACUUCAUCUGUUAGACAGCAUGACUCUCAGAAAAUAUUCAGCCUGAGCUAUGACUAUGAAUCCGACGACUACACCGCUCGUCGGCGCCGAUUGAUCUCGCGAUCGUCAUAUCCCAAACAGUCGGAGACCUUGACCGAGGAGCUCUCGACUGGAGAGUCCUCCGCAAGGCACCGCCAGCAGAUCGAAGAGGCGUCGCCAUUCGAGGUCCAGAGACGGAUCCAAUGUUCAAUGACCCCUGUUCGGCGCCCAGUGAGAGCGAGUCGACGCUCGAUCAACUACAGUGACCUUGAGUCCGAAUCCGAUUCUGAGGAGAAAGGAUCGCAGCAACUGCUUACCCCCGAGAGAGCACCCAGACUUCGAGACCUGUUCAUAGAACCGAGGGAGGACGUGGUGGAUGGUAAUCCUGAGCUGGAGUCGAUAUCUUUGCGCAGUAACUCGCCACAUUCAAACAAUCGACCGGACGAGGAAUACAUACUGAUAAGUGAUUCCAGUGCUAGCGACUCCGCAGAUGAUGGCGGUGACGACGUGACGACUGAUGAGUUCCCAGAAGAAGCCGGAAGUGCGCUGGACAGUCAAAGUGAGGAUGAUACCCCCGCAGGUGUCAUUGCGCAGAGCGAUCAUGAUAUUCAACCUCGACAAUUGGCCCCACGCAAGAAACAUGUUAUCUCAUACGAGUUCGAUGGACAAGGAGAGACUUCAGAGGAUGAUAGCACUGACAGCGAUGACAUCCAGUUCAGACACCUGCGCUCCAGAUCGCCUUCAAGGCGACGAUUAACACCAACAUUCACGCAUUAUACCCGGCAAACCAGGACAUCAUCAAGACUGCGAUCUCGCUUGGAUGCCAACCGGUCAACCCCGAGCAAACGGGUACUAAGUGACGCAGACCCCAUUGCCACACGAACAAGGAAACGGAUCAAGACUACCGACUCAGGCUAUUGGUACCGGUUGCGUGGUUCUCAAGCACAGAGCAAGGAAACAGUGAUAACGCUGGGGUCCAGCGACGAGAGUACCGAUGACCAUGGAAACAAUGAGGCAAUUGAUGGGUUGACAGGGGAGGAAGGGUGGCUCUCGGAAGACUCGAUCCGACGAUCGCCAAUUUACAAUGAUACCAUUGCUUUAAGGACGAAGAGAGGUAUCGGUAGCAGCGGUGCUGAACUCUAUCACCGAACGCACAGCUCUCAUGAUUGUCACGAGAAGACAGCGAUAGAGAUGGAAUCCAGCGAUGAGAGUACCUAUGGCCACGGGAACACUGAGUCGAUAGAGGGAUCAGUCAAAGAAGAAGAGUGGCUUUCGGGAGAAUGGAGCGGAGAGGAAGGAUAUAACACGGAUGCCACGAUACAACUUUACGGGGCCAAACAUCAUUUCAUUCUCGGCGAACCACUUUCGCCGACUGGACCGGACGAUCUGACCUGCUUUAUUUAA